ACAAAACCAAGGGGGGCUGGGGCACCUCCUCCAAGACGGCUACGGUCUAUGGCGGCAGCGGCAGCAGUUGCUAGGCUCAUAUAGCCCGUACGCCCUCUCUCCCUCUAGUACUCGUGGUCGUCGUCUGCAUCCUCCCAUUCUCACUCCACUCACUCUCUCUCUCUCUCUCUCUCUCGUAGUCUCGUCUGUUUUGUUCGUUUCCGCCAAGAAGGAGAGAGAAGAAGCCCACGAGGCUUCCUUCUCGAGGUGUGUGCAAUGGCUUCCGCGGCUGCGUCGCGCCCACCGGCCCCGCCGCCGCCGCCUCCACCGCCUCCGCCGCCGCAGCCGGCGGCAGCCCAGGCGCUGCAGUGGCUUGGGCCGAGGGUGUCGUUCAGCCUCGACGACGCGGGCGGAGGAGGAGGGGGGAGGGAGGUGACGGGAGGGAAUCCCGGCGCCGGCGCUGACUUCGAGUUCCUGCUCGCCGAGUGCGCGGCGGUGUCCAUGCUCCCCGCCGACGAGCUUUUCUCCGGGGGGAAGCUCGUCCCGCUCCGCAUCCCCGCCUCGACCGCGAGCGCGUCGGCGGAGGAGGAGGUACCGGUUGGGGCUGCAGUGGGGGCAGAGGCGCUGCCGAAGCAGGCUCCGGCGCAGCAGCCGGAGACGCCCCGGGCGGAGGAGAAGGCCGCGAAGGGUGUGGCCACCGCUGAGGAGCCCAAGAUCCCAGCGAGGAGGUGGCGGGAUCUCCUCCGGCUGCGGAAGCAGCAGGCGUCGGGGCCGUUGACGACGUCGGAGCUGAGGCCGCUCCGCCGGUUUCUCCGCCGCGGGCCGAAGCCGGAGCCGUCAAUGAGCCUGCCCCUCCUCCGCGAGUCCGGCCCCGACGAGCCGGACAAGCCCGAGAAGACCUCGCCAGCGCCGACCCCGACGCCGCCACAUCCGUCCCAGAACCUGCCUCCCAAGAUUCGCCUCUCGCCGGCGCAGGCGACGUCGCCCCCGCCUCCGCCUCCCCCGCCGCCGCCCCCUCCGUCCGCCGUCGCGGCCGACAGCCCGCGCCUGAACGCCGCCGGCAAGGUGGUGUUCAACGGGCUCGGCCGCAGCUCCAGCAGCCCGAGCAGCCUCGCCGGCGGCCGCCGCAACCGUGCCGGCGGAAGUAUCGAGCGGUCCUACUCGGCGCACGUCCGCGUGGCGCCCGUCCUGAACGUGCCUGUCUGCUCCCUCCGCGGCUCCCGCAAGUCCGUCUCCGUCUUCGGCAUCGACCGCUUCUUCUCCCCGUCCUCCUCCUCUGCCGCCGCCGCCGCCGCCGGCAAGAAGGUCAAGGCGGCAAAGAAGGAAGUAGCCGCCGCUCAGUAACUUCUUGGCAUCAUCGCCAUUGAUGAGUUCUUUCUUGAAUCAAUCCUUCUGCGUGGGUGAUCCUUAAUUACGCGGCUAAUUACAUACUACAUUACUCUAGUGAUGCGUGAUUGGGGUUAAUAUUUCUGCAGACAGACUAGUUUGGCAUGUAAAUACAGGUGAGUUGGAUGAGUGAAUGAGCAAGUAAUUUUUGCCAUUUUCCUUGGCUCUUUGCUGUGAUGAGUAGAACAAUACAUGGAUUUGAUCAUGAAGGUUGCAUCGGAA